GAACCGUGGAAUCUCCAUCGGACCUGGAUGUGGAAUUGAGUCAACCUGCCCAGGGCCCGCAACGACGAAUUAUCCCCUCUCCUCUCAUCGAGCCCUCCUUCUCCUAUAUCGGUACACUUUCACCGCUCCUAGGACCAUCUCUGGUCCCAUCCAUCGUUUGUUUGUCUAAUCCUCAACAGACAAAGCCACCGACCCUCACAACCCACCCUCCUCCCGCGAUGCCUCCGACGAGCAACUUCUUCCGCGCCUCGCGGCCGGUCUUCCGCGCCGGGUUCACCGCGUCGCAGGCCCGCAACGCCUUCGGUCGGACGGGCGGCUUCCGCCAGAAUGCGGGCAGGCGAUUCCAAAGCACCACCGCCGACGACGCCGCCGCCGCGAAGGCGAGCUGGUUCAAGAGGAUGUGGGACAGCCCGAUCGGCCUGAAGACGGUGCAUUUCUGGGCCCCUGUCAUGAAGUGGGCGAUCGUCCUGGCCGGCGUCUCCGACUUUGCCCGCCCGGCCGAGAAGCUCUCUCUUACCCAGAACGGCGCCUUGACCGCUACCGGUAUAAUCUGGACUAGGUGGUGCUUGAUCAUCAAGCCUAAGAACUAUCUCCUCGCUGCCGUCAACUUCUUCCUCGGCGUCGUGGGUGUCAUCCAGGUCACCCGGAUCGUCAUGUACAACCAGUCGCAGAAAGGCUUGCACGUGAACCCCGACGAGAUCAAAGACGAGGUGAAGGAGGCCAUCAAGUCGUAAAUCAGGACGCUCCCCUCCAUGGUUGUUUGGGGCUUGGGAUAUGUGGGGUGGGGGUGAUACCUUCGGGAUCUAAUGACUGGGCCGUUUGUGACGGAAUUCGGCUCAGCUUUCUCUACGCGCUAGAAAUAUAAGGAUAUCGGUGGGAUGGGGCCCGUGGUCCUGGCCAGAGACGUGGCUGAUCCAUUCGGAGAUAUUAUCUAGAGGAUUUGGUAUUCAUUAGGGUC